CCUGCUCCACUUUUAACUUAAUCAGCAGAAGGGGACGUGUAUUGCUGACUCUUAAUACAGCUAAACCCAUAAUUCAGCAGUCUUCUGAUUCUGCUUACUACACUGAUUUUAGGCGUUGGCACUUUAAAAACAACAACAACAACAACAACAACAACACUCGGGAGCAGACUACCACAUCAUCAUGUCGACCAAAAAUCAGGUCAGAAGUUUCCCCCGCGUUAAAGCUGUACGGGCGUAUACAACGGUUGCUGCAGUUUCCGGGAACCAGGGUUCGGACUGCCACGACGUCCGUAAGGAUCACUGGAUAGAUGGUGGUCUCGCGCCCAUCGCCAACCCGAUGUCUGGGUACGCGGAGUACACCUCUUCGCGGACAUCUUGGGGGAUUAACGCUCUCGGUUCCGUGGUCGUCGAAGUGGAGGCGGACGACGGUUCCUGUGGCGUUGGUGUCACAAUUGGAGGCGAGCCGGCGGCUUAUAUCGUAGAAAGACACCUGAGUCGUUUUGUGGAAGGCCAGGAUCCCAGAGAUGUGGAACUCAUAUGGGACCAGAUGUUCCGAUCUACUCUCAACUAUGGCAGAAAGGGCUUACCCAUCCAGGCGAUCAGCGCUGUUGAUCUUGCUCUGUGGGAUCUCCUGGGCAAACUACGAAACGAACCGGUGUACGCUCUUCUUGGAGGAAAAACGAAGGAUCGACUUCCCGUGUAUUCAACAACAGCUCGACCCGAUGUUGCUAAGGAGUUUGGAUUUGUUGGGGCAAAGAUUCCAUGCCCCUACGGACCAGACGCUGGAAAUGAAGGGUUCGAAAAGAAUAUAACGUUUUUCCGAGAAUGGCGAGAAAAGGUUGGUCCCGACUUCCCUCUUAUGUUGGACUGUUACAUGGCUCUCAGUGUUCCGUAUACUGUUAAACUAGCGAGAGAACUCGAACCCCUCGGGUUGAAGUGGAUUGAAGAAUACUUGCCCCCGGACAACUACAAUGGCUACAAGGAAGUGAGAAAGUCUCUUCGUGGUUCCAAAGUUCUGUUAACAACGGGUGAACACGAGUACACCAGAUAUGGCUUCCAGCAGCUUCUCAGUUCCAACUGUGUGGACAUCAUCCAGCCAGACAUUACCUGGGUGGGUGGAAUUACAGAGGCGCGACGAGUUGUUGCUAUGGCAUCGGCGUACGAUGUUAUGGUUAUUCCACACGGAUCCAGCGUGUAUUCAUAUCACCUACAGUAUGCAUACAGAAAUUGCCCGCUUGCCGAGUUUAUUAAUCUCAGUCCAAAAGCAGACGAGAUCAAGCCGUAUUUUGGAGGACUGUUUCCAGACGAACCUCUUCCAACUAAUGGCUUCAUUGAUCUUCCAGAGAAGCCAGGGUUUGGCAUAACGUUAUGCAAGGACAAACUUUCAAGACCCUAUUCUAGAUCCGAGGAAGAAUCAAAGAAACAAGCAAAGGCAAAUAUUGAAAGGAAAGUAACUGGUAUUGCAACAUUUCCGUUGUAGUAGCACUAAAUUAUCGCAACUUUGCGAUCUCGCAGUGCAAUGCUAAAAGACUCGCAAAGAGGAUGCUUUGUUGGCUAACAGAACCUAAAAGACCUUUGUGAAUUAGUCCCCAACCAGUACCAAAGACAUGUCUAGAUCGCUGUAGCUCAUAAUUUAUACGACGCCUUUACGUACAAAUGGAUAACCCAUUGGCCUUAAUUAUAUGGUUGAACUAUUGUGUCAGACGGAAACAAUAGUCAAAUAGACACAAACCAAACAUCUAUAUAUUUAUUGGAACACAUAGUUCUUGACAUUGUCACGUUAGUGGAACAGAAAAGACAAAGACUUAUAAAGCGUGUCAUACUGGAUCCUCGGUGCAUUCUGUCACCAGUGGCGUAGCGUGGGUUGCCAGCUCCCCGAGUCCCUUCCACCGGUCCACAAUUUUGCGCCCGGGGGAUGGCCACGGUGGCCCCGCCCACGCUACGCCACUGUCUGUCACGGCUGUGUGAAGCUGUCUAUUUGAUACUAUUGUUCACAUAUACGACUUUGCCUAUACAUUUGUACUUAUUAUUUUGUUGUAACAUGAGUUUGAUUGAUAUCUUUCUAUGGUGGACUUGGGAUGAGUGUGUUUGUGUGAGUAAAUCGAGCAACGUCCUCACACUUUUGGGGAUUCGAACUUGUACAAAUGCUUUAUUGGAUGAAGAACUGAAUAAUAUGGGUUGUGAUUAUCGUCUAACAAACAUCAUUCUGAGACACUGUCAUGCAGUGUGGUGUUUAAAAUUGUUAUCAUUGCAGACGAUCUAUUGUAUAAGUCAGCUGUCACAUUAUAUAAUAUGCACAGCUGAUUAUGAACUAUUUAUAUCUCAAACUAAUGGAUACAUUACAGAUAAAUACAUCGAUAGUACACACAACAUUUGAACAGUGGUUUGUGUGUGGUUUUUUCAGUUCAGAUUAAUUAAAACAUAACAUAUGUAAACCAAAGACACGAAAGUUUGU